UGAUUUCUGUAGAUUUGUGUGGCAUGGCCCCGGCAGGAACGGUUGCUCCCAGCCCAGAAACAACAUUCGUUGGCUGGCCGGCGCUUAUCGCAUAGCUCUCUGGGAUCUGGAAAAACAAGGCCCGUGGCGGGUGAAGAAGUGCCAUGGGUGGUUCUCAUGGAACAGAUCUCAAAGGCCAAUGGCACCAGAAGGAGCAACUAUGUGGCCAAAGUGUUACCAGACUGGAAGUACAAUGCUACUGCUCGUGAUCCCGAGGACAUGUCGGAGGAUUCAGAGGAACUGCCACGGCCGAAGGGUAAAGCGGAUGCCAAAGAGAAGGCUGCGAAAAGACUGCCCAGGCGCUUAGCCCCAAGUUUGGAAGGCUGUCGUUGGACCACCUGGUCGCAUGUGAGCCGGCCUUUCACCCCAAACAAUGAAGUUGGGACCCUGAUGCCCUUGCAGUUCAACCUAUGGGAGGAGAAGCGCAUCUUCUCCCCCAACCGAUCGUGGCCCACGCGGCCGAAGAAUCCCAAGGUCGCGGCUGCGCCGCAGUUCUACGACCAGCAACGGGAGGGCUUGCCAUUCUGGAAAGCGGUGACUUGGAAACACCAGGGCCAGAUUUUCAGUGACCCGCCCCCGUUCAAGAAGCGACCCCGCUCUGCUGCACAGCGGCGCGCCGCUGGGCGUCGCGCCGCUGGGCGUUUGUUUGAGAUGUUCACUUCCAGGGGUCAGUGCCUGAAGGGUGCAGCAUGCAACUUCGCCCACGGAAAGGAAGAGCUUCAGUCAAUGCCAGUUGAAGCAAGAACUCCGGUGGGGCGACGCAAGGCUUGGAAGGCUGGCAUGGAAGCUGCUAUGAAGAUCAAGGUGCAAAGUCCAAGUGAUGCCAUCUCCCAGAUGCAGUUGCUUCAGAUGAAGAUGAACCAGCUGGAGUCCUUGAGCAUGCACUUGGCAGUCCUACAUCCCCCUCCUGGUUUGGAGGUCCCGCCCAUGGCUAGAUCCGUGGAUGGGUGUACGGUGUCCGCGGAUGGCGAUGUCAGGAGUGUGGCAUCGUCAUUUUCCAGCAGUUCCCCUGUAGAUGAGCCAGGAAGCGAAGGGGUCAGCCCACUUUCCCAGAGAAGUUAUGUAUUUUGGCUUUAA